AUGGAUGAAUUUCAGACCUUCUUUUAAAGUUUAGGUGAUAAACAAACAAUUCCUAUUUCUGAUGAUUAUAAAAAGUAAUUCAAGAUUAGAGGAGAGUUCAUAUACCCACAUAGCAAGAAGUUUGAUCAAAUUUGUUAAAGGUUUUUCUAUAAUUUUCAUGUUAGUUUUUUGUAAGAUGAAAAAUUACGUAGCAAAAGAAAAUGGGAUAAUUCCUUUAAACUAUUUUUAAUAUGGUUUCUUGUUAAAUAUUUUGAGAAUUAAAAUCAAAAUACUAUACGACCUGUAAUAAUUUGAAAUAAUAUAUUUUUAGGAGGAGAAUGAUUGGAUUAAUUUUGAAAACAUUUUGAAAAUAGAUAAGCAUACUUUAUAAUAAAGAUGGAUUACCUUAAUAAAUCCUUAAAUGAAAUCUACUAAUUGGACUUAAGAAGAAGAUGAUUUUAUUAGGAAUUAAAUGAAGUAAGUUAGGAUUACUUAUUGUAUUAUAGUUAAAAAAAUAAACAUAUUUGGACAUAAAUUGCAGUGUCUCUUUAUGAAAGGAAUUUAUAGGGGAAUAUUCGAACACCAAAAUAAAUUAGAGAAAGAUGGAUGAAUUAUUUAAAUCCUGAAUUAAAUAAGUAAUUUACUAUAUAUAUUUUUAUAGAGAACAAUGGUUGCUCAAAGAAGAUUUGAUUAUUUUAAAUAAUGUUGUGAAAAAUGGAAAGAAAUGGUCAUAAAUUUCAUAGUAAUUAAAUGGAAGAACUGAGAAUUAAGUCAAAAAUAGGUAAUUUAAUAAUAAUAAUAUUACAUAAGAUAUAAAUCAUUAAUACAUAAAAUAUGCAAGGAUGAUGAAUGUGAUGAAAUAGAGAUGAUCAAAUAGUAUAUAAGAAAAAAGUAUAUUACAUAUUUAAUAAGUAGUUCUUUACAUAUGGAUUCAAAUAAAUAAGGUAUUAUUGGUAAAAGGGGAAGACAUAAGAAGGGAAUGAGAAAUAAAGAAUAAAAAGCAGAAACUAAAAAAUAAAAAAACAUACCAAAAAUAAUAAAAUAAGAAGAACAAUAAUCCCAGUAAUCUAUCGUUUAAUAAGCACAAUAAUAAAUAUAUGCAUAAUCUUAAUAAUUAUAAUUGUAAUAAUAAUUAUAAUAAACUUAAUAAUUACAAUAAUUGUAGUAAUUAUAAUAAUAAAUGAAUUUUAAUCAAGAAGAAAUGAAAUUAGCAUUAAAUUUACAAUCAAAUUUUAAUUAAGAUGAUAUGAAAAAUACAACUCCUUUGAUGAUGUUAUAAUGUUUAACUUCUCCAGGAUAUCAAUAUUUUGAGAAUCAAUAUUUAAGACAAUUAUCUCCAGGAAUGAUUGAAGAAGGAGAUUGUCUUUAAAAUUCAUCCUUAUAGUUGUCUAAAAUUGCUAAUGUAUAUAAGGUUAAUUCUACAUCUCCCUUCUUAUUUGGAUCAAUGGUACCUUCACCAUUUUGGAAUAACGAUCAAUUUGUUUAGUAGAAUGAAGAACCAUUAGGAAUAACAACUAAUUAAGCAUAUGCUCAAUAAAUUUCCACAACUCCUUAUUUGAAUCUCAAUUAUUUUAGAUAAUAAUAGAUGAAUGGUUUUUCUAAAUAGAAGGAAUUAGAUUUACUAUAAGAGAAUCCUAUAUAACAAUUCAAUAAAAGAAGAAAUAUUAAUUAAUAAUGA